CGCGCUUGCGUAGGAAGAGCGCGACUGACGUCAGCGAGUGACGUCAAAAUUACGCGUCAAGCAGUCAGGACAAGUCUUCACAAGCUGCUGCUUCCAACAAAUGUUGGCGAUUGCUACAAAUCAUUUGGUGUUUUGAUCCUGGCCAUACUCUGCUGCUAGUUCCUAUGGUGAGAGAGAAAACACCCCUAAAUCACUUUUGUGGGGAGUUGGGGGGGCCCAGAGUGUAGCCUCACUGCUCCACUUGGAAAAGCCCAAGUUUAGACGAUGGCCACGCCAAGCAAGACGCCACCUGGAGCCGAUCCCAAGCAGUUGGAACGCACCGGUACUGUGCGGGAGAUUGGGUCACAGGCGGUGUGGUCACUGUCCUCCUGCAAGCCUAGCUUUGGCGUGGACCAGCUCAGGGAUGAUAACCUGGAGACGUACUGGCAGUCGGAUGGAUCCCAGCCUCACUUAGUGAACAUCCAGUUUAGGAGGAGGACAAAGGUCAAGAUGUUGUGUAUUUACGCUGAUUACAAAUCAGAUGAGAGCUACACGCCCAGUAAGAUUUCUGUCAGAGUUGGCAACAACUUCCACAACCUUCAAGAAGUCAGGCAGCUGGAGAUGGUGGAGCCAAGCGGAUGGAUUCACAUCUCACUCCUCAACCAGCAGACAAACGAGCCCAUCAGCACCUUCAUGAUCCAGAUUGCAGUGUUGGCCAACCACCAGAAUGGCAGAGACACACACAUGCGGCAGAUCAAAGUCUACACACCGGUGGAGGAGAGCUCCAUUGGCAUGUUCCCACGAUGCACCACGGUGGACUUCAUGAUGUACCGCACCAUCAGGUGAUCUGCGCCACCAGCCGUCUGCACUGCUAUUGUAUUUUGUCAACAUUACCAGUGUUGUUUUUUUUCCCCCCACAUUGGACUGUUAAGUGUUGGGUCAUGUGACGCCACCUGAAACACUGUUGUGCCUACUCCUCUUGUUUCAUAUGUCAGAGUUUACAUCCAAUUAAACUUGUUUUAUAUACUGAG